CCAAGAAGAAGAAUAUGAUGAAGAAGAAGAAGAAGAAGAAGAAGACGCUCUCUAUUCUGCUUGCAAGGUGGUAUCUUUCUACAAACUGAUGCUUCCAAGUGUCCUUCACUGUGCUCGACCCAUCUCCACCUGCCUUUCUUUAACCCGGCCUCUGGCCCACUUCACACCACAUAUGGACCCAGACCCCAGUCGUCCCGUUGAGAGGGCGAUCAGAACUAAACUUACUAACACACUCAAGCCAGACCACUUGGAAGUCCACAAUGAAAGCCACAUGCAUGCUGUCCCUCCUGGGUCUGAAUCCCAUUUCCGCGUCCUGGUGGUCAGCUCUCAGUUUGACGGCCUGCCUCUGAUUCAGCGCCACCGUCUGGUUAAUGAAGCGCUGAAGGAAGAGUUGAGCACCUGUGUUCAUGCAUUGGCUAUCCAGGCAAAGACUCCUGAGCAGUGGGGCAGUAACCCCACCCUCGCCAAAAGUCCACCCUGCAUGGGAGGUUCCAGAGGGGAUCACACGGUGGAGGAGAAACUGAAGGCCGGACGGGAGUGAAGACUUUGGUGGUGGGUUAGGUGUAGGUUUCAGUUCAGAGAGUCAGACUUGGUAGUAUUUGAGUUCACAACAAAAAACAGCUUCAGUGGCUCCGCAUGAGAAAACAUGCUCACACAUAAUGUAACUAGAAAUAAUGGUGUGUUUCUCGACACGGUUACUGAAUAAAAACAAUACAGAAGUCACUGUAA